AUGCACGUCUCAUACAUCUCCCUGGCGUUCUUCGCCGUCGGCGCCAUCGCCGCGCCCGCCGCUCCCAAGCCCAGCAAUGACUUCGGAGACAUCACUGGCGGCUUCCCUUUCAACCCAACCGGCUCCUCCAGCAUUGAAGACAGUGAUGAGGGAUUCGGCAACUCCUUCCCCUCCGCCCUCGACGCAAUGCACCAGGCUUUGGCCGAGAAGCAGCAGUCCGCUGAGGCCGCUCAGCAUGCAUCGACCUCCCAUACUGCGGUACCCAAGUCCACCCACGCAGUACAGAACUUCCCGGCUCCUGUCGUCUCCCAGGCCUCAAGUCUCUCUCAGGCCACCCCUGUCGCCUCGCAAGCUCCUGUGAUUUCCAAGGCUGCCUCUACCACCGCCAUCCCUACUCCAUCCCACGGCGUCAUCCCUACUCCCAAGGGCAGCUCUGCUUCUCCUUCCUCUAGCGCAACUCCCUCCCCUAGCCCAACUGCCCCCGCUGGCCCUCUUAGCGGCCUUGUCAAUGGAAUUCCCAUUGUUGGAGGUCUCGUUCACGGUCCCCUGGCUGGCCUCGGUCUCCGUCGUUGA